AUGCGCCUCCAGUUUUCCUUCGUGGAAGUGCGCAUACUGGAGCCGCAUUGCGACGUCUUACCUGCAUUUAGCGAAGUUGGGCGUCUCUGUCCGCGAUUGGACGCGGGGGUCGAUGUCGAGAUCGGGAGAUUUGUGGAAGUGGCCUCUCGGGAAUUGUCGAACUGUCGUGGACUAUGCAGUAGUGGCCGUCAGGACCUUUUUAACGACGUGAUGUCAGAUGUAGUUAGUGCAGUUGAGCUACGUUUGGCGCGUCCAUCUGAUAUCGGGGCAAUUCAGCGCCUCUGCAUUGAGUGUUUCCCUGUGCGCUAUCCGGAUCUAUGGUACAGUGAAGUAGUCUGCACCGGCCGCUAUCUCACCCUUCUUGCUUGCCUUCCUCUCGCCAACUACCGUCAAUUUGAGAUUUUGCGAGGGGAGGAGGAGAAUAUUGUUGGUCUUAUCGUAGCCGAGUAUCGCGCCCUCAGCAGUUGCAAAGUGGCUGAUCGAACAAUCAUUCAUCCACGAUUAGCGGCUGAUUCGGUUGUAAUGUACAUCCUCAGUUUAGCUGUCACAUCACGGUAUCGCAAAUGUGGCAUUGGGUCUCUUCUCCUCUCCGUGAUUCUUAAUCACGCAAAAAGGCAAAGGCACUUUUCAAGCUGCGCCGCCGCUGUCAAUAGCACCUUGCAGUAUCAGCCACUCCUCGAAUCCGAUGACCCUAUGUCAUCAGCGCUUCAGUUAAGUCCACAUCAGGUCAUGUUUGUUCGAUGGUUGUGGCAACAACACCGAACCUACUUGCCCUGUCGUGCGGUCUAUCUACACACCGAGUGCACCAAUCGCGUCGCACUGUGUUUCUAUCGACACCGAGGCUUCAGUCUACAUCAUCUCGUACCGCGGUGCUAUCUCAUCGAGGGUCGCGUUGCUGACGGCAUUUGCUGUGUGUUUUACUGCAACGGUGGCUACCCACAGCGCUCUUUUACGCAAGAAUGUCUUCAUUGGCUACGCCAACACUUUUGUGCCACACGCACGGCCACAGUAACUCUAAUCGGUCAGGUGGCUUUGCGCCUGAAGGGAGCCAUCUCAGCUCUUUUUGGGCCCUGCUUCUCGCAUCAGAGCAGUUUUUUCAAGGUCUCGAGGAUUCUACCCUGGCAACACUCUCCGUCCCCAUCGCCUGCCCCGGAUACCACCACCACCACCACCACUUCCUUUCUCACUCAUUCGCUUUGA